ACAUUAUGUGUUUUUUUUUUAUAGUAUUUUUUGCAUGAAAAUGUUGUAAUCAUCAUAUCGGUAGGAAGACCUGGUCAUGGUCUUGCCAUUUCAUUCUAAUAUAAGCAUUCUGAACCAUAAUCGGAGCCAAGCCCCCCCAUUUUAGGUGGUUUUCGAUGAGCUCCAUGAAUCACGGUGCGUUCUCCAAAUCAAAGCCAUGUCCAUAUAACGGCCUCCGCUUCCCUUCAAUGGCUACUAACUAUUUACAGCCUUGGGCUUUCCAAGGUGUUCGUUCUGGUAAUGGCAAUGGCUGAUCCCUCUCCAACUAUGAAGGCCUCUGGCCAUUCCUUCUUCUUCUUCUUCUUCUACCUCUCUCUCUCCCUCUUCUCUUUCCUCUCCGUCGCCACCUCUUCCUCCUCCGACGACGAACAUUCUGGCCUCACCUUCGAGAAUUCCCGGCUCAAGGAUUCCUACAAGGCUUUUCAGGCGUGGAAGAAAGCCAUCUAUUCCGACCCAAACAAGGUUACUAAGAAUUGGGUUGGCCCCAACGUCUGUGACUACACCGGCGUGUACUGUUUUCCGGCGAAGGAUGAUCCGUCCAUUAGGGUCGUCGCCGUGAUCGAUUUCAACGAGGAGGAUAUCUCCGGCCAUCUCCCCGACGAGAUCGAGCUUUUCACCGACCUUGCGGUCUUACACCUUAGCAACAACAGGUUCUGUGGGAUCAUUCCUCCGGGGGUCCGGAAGAUUCACCGCAUGAUGGAAUUUGACGUUAGCAACAACCGUUUCGUCGGGCCGUUCCCGGAGUCUGUUCUGAUGUUCCAGCACUUGGUCUAUCUUGAUCUCAGGUACAAUGAAUUUGAAGGCCCAAUCCCGCCGGAGCUCUUCCUUAAGCCAACCCUCGACGCCAUUUUCUUGAACAACAACCGCUUCACGUCCACCAUCCCCGACACCCUCGGCAAUUCUCCGGUUUCCGUCGUGUUGUUCUCCCACAACAAGUUCACCGGGUGCAUUCCGAAGACCAUCGGCCACAUGCCGAAUCUGGAGGAGGUUCUCUUCUCCCACAACGAUUUGGGCGGCUGCCUGCCGGAGGAGAUCGGGCAGAUGAGCCACAUCACGGUGUUUGAUGUUGAAGACAACAAGUUCACCGGCGUGUUGCCAAUGGCGUUGAGUGGCCUGAAGAAUGCUACAGUUUUGAAUAUCAGAAAUAACAAGCUGAGAGGCGAUAUUCCCGAUAGCAUCUGCAACAUGCCGAGUUUGGCCAAUCUCAACGUCUCCGGUAACUAUUUCAACAAUUUGGGUGCAUCAUGCUACAGGCAGGAGAGGAAGUUCGUGUUGACCGACCAGGAAAAUUGCUUGGAAGGCAGGCCGUCGCAGAGGUCCGGCGACGUCUGUUCGUUGGAGGCGACCCAGCCGGUGGAUUGUAGCAAGCAAUGCGGAGAGAAUGGCGACGAGCCCAGCCCUGAUCCUCCUUCGAAGUCACAGUCGCCGCCGCCAACGAGGAGGACGAGUCCUCCACCUUCCACCCCCAAGCCACCAACACCCACACCACCAGUUUCCCCACCUCCACCGCCGGCGCAAUCCCCGCCGCCUCCAGUUUCCUCACCUCCCCCGCCGGCGCAAUCCCCGCCGCCUCCAGUUUCCUCACCUCCACCACCGGCGCAAUCCCCGCCGCCUCCAGUUUCCUCCCCGCCCCCACCGGCGCAAUCCCCGCCGCCUCCAGGUCACUCCCCGCCCCCACCAGUGCAAUCUCCGCCGCCACCAGUUCACUCCCCGCCGCCGCCACCAAUGCAAUCUCCGCCACCACCCGCGUUCUCGCCUCCGCCUCCAGUGCCUUCUCCCCCGCCACCAACACAACCUCCACCACCUCCGCCACCAACCCUGUCUCCACCACCACCACCACCACCACCAACUCCAUCUCCUCCUCCUCCUCCUCCAGUGUUCUCUCCACCGCCGCCGCCUACUUUCGAGGAUGUCCACCUGCCACCACACUUGGGGGCGGAGUACUCAUCGCCGCCGCCGCCAGUAUUCCAAGGUUAUUAAGUGGUACCCCAUUAGCAUACACUUUGAGACACCUAUUCUUUCAAGUGCGCCCCCCCGUCCCCUCCUUUUUUUUCUUACUUUUCAGAAAUGAACGCCCACAAACUCAACUAAUUGCAACCAUUUUAAUGUUUGCAUAGUGAUUGAAUUGCUUGCCUAAGCUAUACAUCAUCAAAAUUAAUUUUUUUCUUAAUUAAUUUCCCCUUUUUGUUUGCUUAAUUUUGAAAAUAAUAAUAUUAAAAGGAUAAAAUGAUCAUUUUAUUUUUCAAUCCUUCUCAUAUUUUCUGUCAUUUAAGUUUAAAAAGAGAAAAUAAUCAAUAAAUACCCGUCGAAUUCAAUUUCAAAUGGGCUCAAUUUCGAUUGAGUUCUUCGAAGAAAAAAUAGAUUACCGCUAAUGUUGUUGCUAUUGUUGGAAAAGAGUCGGACAUCUUCGUCGGCUUUUGUCAGGAAUGAGAGAAAACGAGAAGAAAGGAAAAUAACUUUAUAUAUUUUUUAAUAUUAAAAAGGUUACAUUACAUAUGGGGGACACCUCACUGGAUUUGUUUACCCGAUGAGUUUACCAAUUAAUGUAAAUAGAUAAUAAUAAUAAUAAUUAUAAAAGUAGAUAACUUAUCAGUGGGUCUUACUAAAGUUGCUUUU